AACUGAUUCUGAUAGAAACGGAAUGCGCGUGUGUGUGUAAGUGGACAAGUUCAAAGCGUCCGCAGUAGUUGAGUCGAUUCAUCAGCGCCUGAACUCAGUCGUAAUCGACUAUUGUCGAGCAAUAGACGCCAAUACGAAUCGGAGAAAUUGAAGAUAAACAAGUUCAGAGCGCAAAACGGGUUCAGCAAACUCAGAAGAAAGUUAUAGAAAUACCAAAGUACAAAUAAAUACAUAAAACUAAAUAAAAUGAAAAUUGGAAUCCUUGGUGCUGGUGCCGCAGGGUUAGUUUCGUUGAAAUACGCGCUUGAAGAAGGACAUGAAGUGGUUUGUUUUGAAAAAUCCGCACGUUUAGGUGGUUGCUGGAGCGGAGAUGGCCGAGUUGGUAAGGACGAGUUAGGCAACCAUAUUAGCAGUGGAAUGUACAAAGGAUUAACAACUAAUUUACCCAAAGAAAUUAUGAUUUUUGAUGGUUUAGAACACAACCCACACUCAAAAUCUUUCGUGGGCCAAGCUGAAAUCCUUCACUAUCUUCAAACAUACGCAAAAAAAUUUAAUCUGGCAAAAUCCAUCCGUUUUGGUCAUGAAGUAAUAUCAAUUGAGCCAUUGUCCAGCGAUCCGAACACAAGAUGGCGAUUAUUAGUCAGAAACCUAACCAAACCUGAUGAAGAACCCACCACACAUGAUUUUGAUGCAUUGAUGCUUGCCCCUGGUCACUUUGUUCAUAAAUUCAUAGCUGAUAUUAAAGAUGCCAACGUAUUUCAAGGAGAUAUGCUUCAUAGUAAUGAUUUUCGUGAUGGAGCCAACUACGUUAAUAAACGCGUGUUGGUAAUUGGUGCUGGACCAUCAGGAGGAGAUAUUGCAAAACGUGUCGCACAACAUGCCAAAAUUACUUUUCAAAGUGUGAAGGUAGAUUCUCAUAAAUUCGUACCAAUUCAUAAAGAUGUGGUUGAAAAAGGGGAAGUAGACCAUUUUGAUCGUAAUGGCGCACAUUUCCAAGACGGAAGUUAUGAGCCACUAGAUGUAGUCAUUUACAGCACUGGUUAUACGUAUAUGGUUCCAUGUUUGACUCCAGCAUGCGGAAUUCGGAUUGAGAACAAUUGGUUUAAGUUCCUGUAUCAUCAUUGCAUCAAUAUCGAGAGGCCUUCGAUGGCCAUCAUCGGAUUGCCUUAUGGAGCCUCAAUAUUUCCGCUUGCAGAUCUACAAGUUCGUUAUUAUAUGGCAUAUUUAGCUGGGAAAUUCGAUUUACCAAGUCGCGAAGCAAUGUUGGAGAGUGUAAGUAAUGAACACGCUGUGAGAAUAUCCAAAGGUGUACCAGAUCGGAAUUUCCAUAACUUUUCCGAUUGUGGACGUGCUUUAUCGGGGGCAUUGGCCAAAGAAUCAGGGGUCCGUCCAACUCCAAAUGUGAUAUUCAAUAUUAUGGAUGCUCUGCAUGGGGCAUGGAAUGAUCAGGAUAAAUUUGAGAUUGUUGAUGAUGAAACUUUUAAUCGUACUCCUCCUGGAAAUAUUAAUUGAAUAAUUGUACAUUUAUAUUACCGAAACAAUAUUUUAUAAUUUUAUAAUAAAUUAUAACUUAAAAAA